AUGAAACAAGCUGCUGAAGUGUUAAAUGUUCCGACACCUGCUAAUUGGGCAAAUUUUAUCAAUCCAACCACGACUAAUGGGUCAAUUGGACAAGCUCAAGUUGGAAGUUCAAAUAUAGCUACAAUUAUGGAAAACUGGUCAAUACCACAACAAUUUCGUAAUCAAGCUAUUCAAAAUGUAAAAUUAUUGAUAGCAGCUGCUGAUGAAGGUUCAUAUACGGCUCAAGCAUUUAUAUUUGAUAUUCAAUCAAGUGCUUCGUUAACAUCAUUAAUUGUUGUAGCCAAGAGGAUUGCUUCUCCAGCAGAUCCAAAUAUACCAGUAUCUGUUGCAUACGUUACAAUAAAUACAAAUGGAAUAGUCAAAAAGUUAUACGAUCCUCCCUAUGAGAAUUGUGAACGAUGUUCCAAAUGUUUAUGGACAGGUCAUUGUUGCUGUAACACUGUAAUUCCAGAACGUGGCAUUACACCGGAAGAAUUGAACAUAGUGAAACAAAAAAUGACAGCCGAUCAAUUCAUUUGGUUCAAUCAACAACAAUUGAGUAGGGCAGUGCAACGUACAAUAGUGAACAAUGAUGAUGAUAUUCGUAGUGUUGAUUUGACACAAGCAAUUGAAAAUUUUCUUUCAAAUAAGAAUGUUCAAGCUGAAGUAUUGGCAUCAUAUAAUGAUUCAAUUUUAACUGCAUUACAAUCUAAUUUUACAUCAUUGAAACUAUCCAGUCAAACAUUAAAAAUGGCCAAAGUUGAGUAUAAGCAUAUUCUCAAUUUGCUAAAAGCAUUGUCAGAAGACUAUGCAUUUGACGAUUUUUCGUCGAAUUCACAAUUUUUACAACAAUUACAAUCGUCACGAUUUUCCUAUGAAAACUUAUUUACAACAUCCUCUACUGGUUAUGAUAAGAAAAAUACUACAAUAAAAUAUAUUUGGAUAAUUGGUCAAAAUCAUGAUAAUACAACCUAUACAAUUCAUUUUCUUCAUUUAAAUAUCUCUUCACAAGCACUUAUUCAAACAUUACUAUGCAAUAAUACAAAUAAUAGCACAUCUUGUAGUGAAGAGAAUUUAAAUAAUCAAUUAAAUAUUGCACGUACAGCAAUAUUGACAGAUAAUGGUCAAUUUUUAAAUGAAGAAAUUCCAAAAUUGAUUACGCCAUGGCAAUUGACGACAACCAAUAUUGUAUUGAAUAUUUUACGUUUCAUCGGUGGUAGUGUAUUUAAUCCAAAACAGUAUCGUCUGUUAUCAUAUUUCGAUCCUCGAAUUAUUUCACCGGAAGACAAACAAACGAAUAAUGAUGAAUCUCAAUCACGAACUAUAACAGCUAAAAUUGCUGCCUUAUCACAAGCUCUUUCAUCUGUAGCCAAUUCAUGGAAAGAUAUUGUUAGUUCAUUUAAAACAAGUAAAUCAACUACUAUAACACGAAUUACUCGAUUCGGUUUUACACAUUUUGAUCAAAAAUCAACUGUAUUAAAAGCUAUAGAUAUACCAGGUAGUAAAGCAUCAGAAUUUAUCAAUGCCAUUGUCAUGGAUUAUAAUUUACCAUCAAAAGGUAGUUUUUUACUUGGUUUAACUUAUUCAGAUGAUUUUUCAUGGGAUGAUAUUGAAUAUCUUUAUUCACCGACAAUGGAUGGAAAAUAUCGUUCACUUACAUUAUUUAAAAAUGGAGAUAGUAUAAUAAAUACUGCUUCAUUUUUUAUUGUUGAUAUCAAUGCUGAUUGGCAAUUAGCACCCGAUUUAUUAUUAAUUCAGACUUCGAAGAGUUAUUUAGGUGGUCUUUUUGAAUCAUCGAAACAAUCAAUACAAGAAGUACCACAUGUCUUGACACUGGAGGAAGCUAAACAAUUACAACAAUUUUUUAUGAUGAUUGCCAUAAGUAAUUUGGCUGGUACAUUGGGCAUGAAUUUGACCUAUCCAUCUUUAACAUAG